AUGCGGCGCGGUGGUGCGAGAACCCUUCAGGACGAGAAGGUUUUGGUCCAAGAAUUGGGUAGGCUUUUCCACGUGGCUCGCGCUAAUGCACGAGAGCAGCGUGUAAUAAAGCGAGCGGCCGCUCGGACUGAAGAAGGGAGCGCAAGUCCGAGCAAGCCCAGAACCGGCAAGGCAUCCGAGAAGAAGCCCAAGAAAAAGGAGAGCAACAGCAAGAAGGGUAAGAAGGGGAAAAGCAGUAGCGAUAAAAGCCGACGCACGAGGGGGCCGCGGCGCAAAACCCGCGGUGGGACAGUGUGGGUAGUGUUAAAAGGGGGUUUUACACGUGUACCCACCACCUCCAUGACUGCCAUUGUGGAACAUAAUAAAGUCUUUCGUGGGCGCCUCUCUGAACAACGGCGGUUGGCAGCUCUGGAAGCAGCGGAGGCAUACGUACAGACGGCAUGGCAGCAAGCGCAGGAAGCCGGUUUACUCCUGCCGGAUGGCAGCGGACCGAACAGCGACGAGGGUCUUGAAUACCUGCGCGAGCAAUACGACGUGGCGGCAGGAAUUCUUCGGCGUGAACCCGUCGGUGCGCGCCUAAAGCAGGUGGUUGAAAGCACAAUUUCGAGCAGCGCUGCAGUGGGGGCGGCGGAUAUGACCACAGCAGUGCCAGAGACAGUGUAUGACAGGGACCAAUGGGCGGACAUCAUCACUCGUGAGAAUGUCAUAUUGCGGCGCUUUUCCAAGUCGUUGCCGUUAGAAACAGACAACACCGAAGCUGUGCUGGCCGAGGCGGCGGAAGUCCCUUCGAAGUUUUACUUUCAGAUUGCGGAGCCGCUUGCUCCUCAGGACAGCAACACUUUGGCCCUCACUCCCAACAGCAGCAGCGCAGAUUUGCUCCACGGCGAGCAGGUGAUUGACGUGCUUCCAACGAAGUGUAUCGUUCGGAUCCGUGGAAGCGGUGGAAAAAAGCACACGACGAUUAUUUCGACACCAAAAGGAGUAAAUAGCUUCAAAUCGAACUUCAUGCAGCUCAUCCGCAAAGAGAUUAGUAAUUCCAAACUACCACGGGGGGAGCAUACGGUGGAGAGCAAGCAACAUCAUCAACGUACAGGUAGUGGAAGUGGGACUUCCGAUAAUGCGAGCCGUGGCCAGCCGAAGAGGCACAACAACCGACGACGUAAAUAA